GCUGCAGUACAGUAUAUCUGUGCAGCCAUAAACCCAGAAAUAAUUGGAUAAAAUGGGACAUAAGGAAUCCAAACCUCCAUCUCCACAACCUGAAUUUGAUCAACCAUGGAGGGAAAUGCCUUGGGGAGAAAAGAAAGAAAUUGAACAGAAACUGAGGACAUUCAAGCUCAAGGGAAAAAGUGCUCAGUUUGUCAGGAUUCUGGUUGCUGGUGAAGUCGGAGCAGGAAAGUCCAGUUUUAUAAACUCAGUCAAUAAUGCUUUCCAAGGACGAAUCACCUCUGGGGCUCUUGUUGACAGGACAGGAGGUACCAGUUUCACAAAGAACUACAAAACUCAUUAUAUUGAAGCAGAUGAUGGCUCCAAUUUGCCUUUUGUCUUUAAUGAUAUCAUGGGACUUGAGGACAGAGAGUCUGGUGCAAAUGCAGACGACAUCAUCAGAGCCAUAUGCGGGUUACUUGAGGAAGGACACAAUUUUGAUGCAGAUGUGGGGGACAUUAAAUACAGAAGCAACCCAAGUGUCGAGCAUCAAACCACAUGCCUGGUCAACAUUGUUGCUGCAGACAAAAUAUCAAUGAUGAAUGAUGGGGUCGUUGAAAAGCUGAAAAAAAUCCGCCAGGCUGCUACCAAACGGAAUAUACCUCAAGUAAUCAUCAUCACAAGACCAGAUUUAGCAUGCCCACUGGUACAACAGAACUUAAAGAAGAUCUACACCAGCAAGAAGAUCAAGGAGAAGAUGGAAGUGUGUAGUAAUACAGUAGGGAUUCCUAUGAAUCACAUUUUCCCUGUGAAGAACUACCAUGAGGAGAUAGACACAAAGGAUGACAUGGAUCUUCUGAUUCUCAAGGCACUUGAUCAGAUUGUGCACAUCGCUGCUGACUGGUUGAACGAAAAGUCACGUAAAUCUGGUAAAGAAACUAAGUAAGGGCUCAGAUCACAGUGCUUCUGUGUAUAAAUGUAACCCAAAGUGAUUUACACAGCAUUUAAAAAACACAGUAGGAGACAUGAUUAAUGCUGAAUGGAGAAGAGAAACAAGUAUGUUUUGGUAAAAUAAGUGUAAUGCUGUUUUCUGUAUUUAUGGAGCACAUUAGAUUAUUUUACUUUAGUUACAGUUACUGGUUUAAUAAACCCUAAAAUGUAAAUGAGGAAUUCUAUCCAUCCAUCCUUCCAUCCAUCCAUCCAUUUUCUACGGCUUAUCCGGGGCCGAGUCGCGGGGGCCGCAGUCUAAGCAGGGACACCCAGACUUCCCUCUCCCCAGACACUUCCUCCAGCUCUUCCGGGUGAAUACCGAGGCGUUCCCAGGCCAGCCAAGAGACAUAGUCCCUACAGCAUGUCCUAGAUCUUCCCCAGGGCCUCCUCCCGUUUGGACAUGCCUGGAACACCUCCCCAGGGAGGCGUCCAGGAGGCAUCCGGAACAGAUGCCUGAGCCACCUCAGCUGACUCCUCUCUAUGUGGAGGAGCAGUGGCUCUACUCUGAGCUCCUUCGGAGUGACCGAGCUCCUCACCCUAUCUCUAAGGGAGCGCCCAGCACAGCUGUAAUCAAGGAAUUCUAUGUAAAUGUUAAUCUUAUUAAUAAAAAAUAAAGCUCUUACCUAAAGAACAAAA